AUGGUAGUAGAUUGGUCUAAUUUACCGGAGGAGCUCCUCAACUCUAUCGCCGUUCGAUUGUUCUCCGUUGUCGAACUCAAACGCUUCCGUAGCAACUGCACAUCUUGGCGGCGCUCCACUGUGGACAUUGACAAGAACACUUUCCUGGGCCGCCCUGUCAUCCACUUCAAUCCCAUCGAACCUAGCGAAACCCUACUACACGACGUGGUCUACCGAUGCAAUCCCGGUGCGGUCCUCUCAAACGUAGCCUUCUUCCGAGUCACUCUUUCCUCCUCCCCGAGCAAAGGCUGGAUAAUCAAAUCUGAUGUGGAUAUCAUCAACUCCAGGAGAAUCUGUCCCGUUUACCCUCUCUCGCGUUAUCCGUUGCGCUGUUACUCCAAGAGCCUCAAUCUUUUGAAGGUCACUGUCUCCAAGAUUCAAGAAGCCUAUGUUGUUCUUACCAAAGCCAAGGCAAGAGUAACAGCUCCUGGAUUCCAAAGAAGUGCUCAUGUCAAAGUCAAGGAAGGAGAAGAUCACCAUCAUGGAGUUCUUGGUAUCCGUUGGGAUGGAUAUAUAACCUACUGGAAUGGUAAUGUCUUGAGGAGACUCGACCAAAUGGGUGAUCACUUCUCUGACAUUAUAGUUCACAAAGGGGUAACUUACGUUUUGGAUUCACAAGGCAUUGUUUGGUGUAUUAGUUCCGAUCUUCAAAUCUCUAGGUUCCUAAGCGCUUCUGUCAAUGAAACUAUCACUAAUGGCUGUUGGGGAGACAUGAGAUUUGUGGAAGGUUGUAGAGAGCUUUACGUUGUCGAGCGCAUCCCCAAAGAGAAUCCCCAAAAGAGAAAAGAUGGGUUUAAAUUGAACUAUUCCAUGACGGUCGGUUUCAAGGUUUACAAGAUGGAUGAGGAGUUAUCAAAAUGGGUAGAAGUUAAGACAUUGGGAGACAAAGCAUUUAUGAUGUCUCCCGAUACUUGUUUCUCGGUUUUAGCUCAUGAGUUUCACGGAUGCCUUCAAAACUCUAUUUACUUCACCGAGAAGUUAUGGACUAAGGUGUUCAAGCUAGACAAUGAUAAUGGAAGUAUCAUCACAUCAAACUCUUCCAAGAGCUAUUUCCAAAUGCUUUCUCCUAGCUUUCUCUGCAACUUGUUUAGGAAGUCAAAGCUACUUUCUUUAUAA